UUAGAUGUAGCUGGCUGUGGCUGGGAGCCAUGCCGCGGAGCCGUGCCGCGGAGCCGUGCCAGCCGCUGGCACUCUGAGCCCAUGGCCCUGGGCAGUGGGAGCCAGCCGCAGCCGCCCUAAGGGUUCGGUGGGGACAAGUGGCCCCGGAUGAUGUCCUACUUCCAGUCCCCUGGCCGCGACCUGGAGCAUUUCGAUGGGCUUUCUCUCAUUUACUGGACACUCAUGGGACCAUACGGGAUGGAUCGAACCGUGCAUUGCUUUGAUUUCUAUGAUUGUGCAAACGGGCUGGGUAUUAAGGUAAUUGGUGGCAUCAAGGAACUCACUGGAGAAGAAUAUGGAGUUUAUGUCAAGAGGAUUCUUCCAGGGGGUGUUGCUUAUGUGGACGGGCGCCUGCAGCCAGGAGACCAGAUUCUGGAGGUCAAUGGAGAUUCCCUAAUUGGGGUUACAAGCGAGAGGGCCGUGGACAUCUUGAGGACAGCGUCGGCCACCAGCCACAUGCGCCUUCUUAUAGCCCGCGAUGAUGAUGCCAGGAGAGAGUUCUCUGAGCUGCUGGAGAAGUUCGGCUCCCAGAGCAACACCGGCUCAGCGCGGAGCUCGCCGAUCCUGCAUGGUGGCAGUCGAUACCUGGAAAGUACCUCCUCGGGCUCCUCCUCGCGCUCCCAGAGCCCGCUGCUGCUGAGCCCCGCCAAUUCCCACGGCCCCUUCAUCGGGAACCCGGCGCACCCCCCUCAUGCACACUACUCCAUUGAAUCAGGAAUCCAGAGCAUUUCCAUCACAAACUCCUCUGGCUUGGGACUGACAAUCAGUGGUGGAUCCAACAGGCCUGACGGCCCCAUGAUUUAUGUUCAAGAGCUUAUGCCAGAUGGUGACUGUUACAAGGAUGGUCGGCUCCGACCUGGUGACCAACUAAUCGCUAUCAAUAAAGAUUCUUUGGUGGGCAGCACACAUGAAGAGGCCAGAAAAAUAAUUGCAAAAGCCAAAUUCAGACACGAGGGAAACACAGAAGUGGCCUUUAUUCCUGGAAGGGGGCGGUUGCAUCCUGGACUGCCAGUUCAUAACAACAUCCCAUCACCACCUCCAAAGGCUGUGGGAAACGGUCUGAGUUCCUGCAGACUGAAGGUCCACGUGAGGUCCCCAGAGAAUAGACAUGAAAAUAAUUUCCCUGUGCUUUCUUUGUCACCGGACAUUUGCCCACCCGAGCUUACUGUCUCAGCACCUGCUUCAGCAUCUAAUCAUAAAGCAGCUUCAGGCACCAAACCAAAAGUAGCGCUGGAUCCCAACGUCCGGCUCAAGGAUGAGAAACUGGAGCUGGUUCUGCAGUAUCUCGGUCUGGAUGUGACUGACGAGAAGAAGAGGCAGUUACGGCAAAACUUGACCACAGACUCACAGGGGACGGUGGCCUACGGAGAUCUUCUCCAAGCACUCAGGGAUCUGAUGCAGGAGGAGCUGCACGAGGCUGGUCUGGAUUCCAAUUCCUUGCUCUUCACGCAGCAUGAGGUGGCCACUUUGCUGGAUACGUCGGCUUUCCACUCUGCGACCUUCGACUCUCUCAGCUGUAAUGGCAAUGAGGAGCUGGAGCAGCUGCAACUGGAAAUGAUGGAUCUGCGGCAAGAAGUCCGAAGGCUAAAGUCUCUCCUGAAAGAGGUGGAGAAGAGCAAGAAGUCAAUGGAAGAUGAGCUUCAGAGACUGAACCAGAAAGCACUGGGGUUCCUCUCGGAGAACCGGACACUGCACAGCAAGCUGCAGAUGGCUGAGGUCGUGCAGAGACAGGCUCACAGUGCAGAGCAGGACUAUGAGGAAGUGAUCCACUUGCUGGAAGCUGAAAUUGCAGAACUGAAGAUGCAGUUGGCAGGGAAGAAAGCAAAGCACGUCUCUGAAAUAGAGGAGGACAUCCUGGAACUGAAAAGACAGUUGUCGCUGGCUGAUGGCCAGUUACGAAAAUCAGAAGUCUCACGGAAGCGCCUGGAGAUCUGCAAUAGGAAACUGCUCCUGUUUGUGCAGAAUGUUCACAAGGUCCUGAGCACCCCCAGUCAGUUACCAGAUGAGAAAAGAGCCAACAGUGAAAGAGAAGAGGAUAAAACAGACGCAGUCUCAGAUACAUCUCUUCCAUCUUCAGAUCUUGUUGAACUUUUGCUAUCAGAAGCUAAAGAACUGUUAGCGCCAAUCCUCUCGAACAAGGACGCUUUGCCAUGGGACAGGGACCAGUGCCUGCCUGCUGAAGGAAUCCCAAAUUACAAGGACCAUCUUCAUCAGAAGACCACGUGGCCCCCUCCUGCAAGCCAGACCAAGAGCGAUCAACCGCAGCCACCAAGCUCAACCAACGAACUGCCUAAGCCGCCUACAUAAACCUCACACGGCUUGCCCAUGCUCUGAGCCGCGCUGUCCGUAACACAGCUGCUCCUGGGCCGGGAGAGGGGAAGGACACACCACCAGUGCUUCCACCUCCAGGCAAACCAGACCGAGCAACAAGCUUUCUAACACGAGACUAAUUCUUCCUGACUACCCAAGACUUUUUCAGCAACCUCCCCUGCGUGUCUACCUCUGAGUUAUCAUACAAGGCUAUUUGCUCACGGUUUUGCAGCUUUAUAGGAAAAAAAUUUUCUCAAGAGGCUACAAGGGCCUGGAUUUCACUGGCAGCCUUUUAGAGCUUGUAUUCUGGGUAGUGAGAGGAGCAUGAACGUACCUGAGGGACUCAGGGGUCUCCAACAGAUUCCUUUUGGUGUUUCAUUUGAAAAACCAAAGUAUAUUUAGCAACUGUAAUCAAAGCAGCUUAAUCUGUAGCGUCCUAGCUGUUCGGGAUAGGUAUUUCUCUUUUUAUUCUUUUUGUAUAGCUUAUCCCAGCUGCAAUGCUUGAAAGGGAAAGUGCCAUCUCAGCGAGUGGCUGGACAGAGUGCAGAGAUAGCCAGCUGUAUGCUGCCGGUGGCCAUCUAUUGCUGAGCACCAGGCACUCCCUGGAAUGCAAGAGAGGACAUAAUGAACGUAGCUCAAUAAAGCCUGCAGUGACACUUGGAAAUUAGAUACACAUGAUGCAAGAUUGUAUUGCAAGAUAGCAAUGAAUGGGGUAGAGAUCCAAGAUGAACAGAAGGUCUGGAAAAUAAAAUGGAAACACUACUCACAAGGCGUUUGCUUUCUGGGCUCUGAUUGCAGUUGCUGCGUUCAGCAUCUCUGGGACAAAGACCCUGCCUGAGCCCUUUUUUUUCCUCCCUCUCAUUUUGGCAGCUCCUAGCAAGAUGCAUUGAGAAGUUGCAUGAAAAUGGGGUGCAUUCUGGCUUUUACACAGAAUUUUUGAUUACUUCAAAUCUCCUUUGUGGGAGUUCAAUGCAUGUGCUCCUUUAUAGCCUAAAAUAAAGGCUUAGGAAAAAUCAUGACCCUCCCCAGUAACUACUGCACUCAAAAGAUAUUGCUGGACUGCUAAAACAGUAACUGUGUGGUGAAACUUCACAGCUGCCUGCAUAAACAGUCAGUCUGAAAUUUUGGUUAAACUUAAUUUCAUAGCUCAAGGUAAAUUAAAUCUUUUGAAUGCAUGCCUCAGAAUAUAUAUUAAAAGACUUCUAAAAGGAAACUUAAUUCUUUGGACCACUCACAAAGAAUAUUCCCAGGAAGAGAUACUUUUUAAAAAAACAUUAAUCUUGGGAUACCCUAUGGUUAAUAUCUUGUUCCCCAGUGUUCUCUGUUUUGAUGGAGUGGUAGCAAAUACUGGAGUUACUAGCCCUAUGGAUUUGUUCUCAUCUUGUAUGUUAUAUAGGCAGGGCAAAGUUGCAAGAAGACAGAUGCGGGUGCACAGAGCAAAAUCCAGUCUCACCAGUUUGGUGUACCCUGUCUCUAGGAAAAACAUCUCCAGUUCCCUGGGGUUAUAUGGCAGGUACCAAUCUGCUCCUAGCAGGGUGUCUUCAAAAGACAUUUGGCUGGAGGUUGCAUCCUAGGGAGAUGUCUCCAGCCCUUGCUCACCACACUUGCCAGAGAACAGUACAAACAAGAUUUUGGGAAGUAGCAGGUCUUCAGCCGUACUGUGUCAUUACGUAUACCCAGUGGCGCUUCAGAAACCUGGUAGAAAAGGAACAUGUUAUGGGGAAAACAGAACUAUUUAGGCCAAACUUGUGGAAGUCAACAGUUUUGUGAUCAUGUGAUUUUCUCAAAAUACGAGUAUUGAGCCCCACCUGCGCUGGAAGGGUACAGGCCAGUCCCAUCCCAGCAGGGUCAGCUGCAUGGUCUGAAAGAGAAUAUACUCAAUGUUGCUUCCAUAGUCAAGUGAUUUGUAUUUUAAUGUCCCAAGAGAGAAAAUUUUGUAUAAAAGUAUCACAGCGGGUGAGGUGAGGGCUUGGAUGAGACAAGCCUGGCAAACCACAACAAACAUUGUGCAGUUGAUGCUAACACAUGGCAAAGGCUGGAAACGACAAGAUGCUGACCCAGGGCUGCUGUAUUUUUUGUAUCCUGAGCUGUCUGCUAGUAAAAGAGCUGUGAAGAUAUUAACCUUUUAAAAAGCCCAGACAGUUCUGCACUCUCAGCUUACUGGCAACCUCUUUGGAAGAGAAAUCCUCCAGGUUCCUAUCAGCCACGGGAGAUCCUUGCAUCAAGCAAGGACCAAGCAUUGUGUGCUUUCCAAAGCAGUCAGAUUUCUUAGCUGGUCUCCAUUAUUUUCUUUGAAUUUAUCACGUUCCUUUUGCCUCUGCUUCAAGCACAGAAACCUUUCCAGUCUCUAUUAAUAGUGGUGUUAUUAACUGCUACGUUUUCAGAGCAAUGUUGAAAGCUAAGCUAGGAUGAGAGUUGUGCUCCUGGAGGUGAUGUUGAUUUCGGUGACCCAGAAUAACAAACUUGUGUCAUGCUUUACUCCAAGGCAAGUGGAAUUGGGCAGAACUCAGCAAGUCACGGGGUGAUGUCUCCUCACGGAGCUUCCAAGAGGCAAAACGGGAAAUGCAUAAAGGAGCAAACAGUGCAGAGAAGUCAGGGAAUAUGACAUUUAAACAGGAUGCAUUUUAUUCAUGCAGGGCCUGUCUAGUAGAGAGCUGAAUUCUGUCUUCAUUUGCAGUAUUAUGGCUUGCUUGUAAGCUUGUGGAGAUGUGCUGCUGUCACAAUGUGCUGUAUCUGUCUGAGAGGGUCCCAGUAUGACUGAACAGAAAUGAGGAAGAGAAGGAAGAGUAUUUCUGAUAAAAAUGAGUCUUGCAUGGUAUUAGAUCUUCCUGAGUGAAUAAGAUGGACAAUGACACGUAUUUUAUGAGCCACCGGAGAAAACGCAAACAGACCCCAUAAAUGGACAUAAUAGACCACGUUCAACACAUUAUAUGGGUAUAAGCUCAUAAAGAUGCAUUUAAAGAGCAUCAGCGUGGUCAGCUGUUGACCUGGAAGCUUUGGGGCUUCAGUAUCACUGAUGUGAUGGUUUUAUUUUGUACUUUUCUUAUGCAAAGCAGAAAUUCAGUUCUUAACUGUGUUGGUGGGUCAGAGGUUGGGAGACCUCUCUCCCUAACACAAAAAACCAAACCAAGAUCUGACUAUCUAGCUAUUUUAACAGCUGCAGAAAAGGGGAAGGUUGGGCAGGUAGCCACCUAGGUAUUAUCUUGAAAGGUGAAUGUAGCAGAGAGCCAUUAGCACACUGUUUAUCUGCAGUCUGAUGGGUAACGUAACGGAAUCUGCUGUAAAUGUGCUGGACUAGAGCUCGUCUGAUCUCCAGUUUCGUCUCUGCCAGUGAUCUCUGCCACCUCACUGUGUGACCUUGGGCAGCACAUUUCAGCUCAGUUUUGCAUGAGAAAAGAAAUGGGACUGACAGUAUCAGCUUCUCUGAGUGGUGUGGGGAAGGCAAAGCCCUAGGGACCCACAGGAUCCAGCGCGCAACCUUCUGACACAAAAGGAUCUGGCGAAUGGUGUGGUAUGAGGUACUGCUGAUCCAUCUUUUCAGUGAAGAAAGCCUCAACAUUUUAACUUUUAUUGGCUCUCAAAACAACAGAUCCAACUUUUGCUUAACUUUCAUGAAACAGAGCUAGGUUAAAUGCUAAAAAGCUUCUCUACAGAGAUGUAGGGGUAGCAGAGGUGAAAGCUAGCCCUGAACACUGCUGUGGAGUAGACUAACGUGUCUGCUCCCAGUGCUGGAGGCUGCAGAGCCUCCUCUUUCUCCCAGUUCCACUCAGUGACAUGGGCUGGACCAAAGCCCAGUUCCAGACAGUCGAAAUACACUUCCACGCCACUUUAAAUAUGGCUUUAAAAAGCAGGUGAACUUUGCUGCUGAAUUUUUAAAGACACUCUUUAAUGUUUAAACAAUGCCGAUUUUCUAAGGGUUGUUGAACACGUGUGAAGGAGGGCUGGAAAGCACCUUAGUGUGACAGUGCAGAAAGAGCCAGGCUGGCUGCAUGAUGCUGCCUUUCUGCUACACCGUGACCUUUCUUCUGCACAGGCCUGAGUACCCCAGCACCUCCAAGACAGACCAGAGAAUUUUCUGGACUGGCUGACUACAGCAUUGCCAGAAAUGUCCUUUGCAGCUUCUUCAGAGGUCAACUGUUUUCGUAAUGAGGUAAAUAGGAGUUACAAUACCAUGAACAAACCCUGUAAGUUUUUUUCUGCGCAUGAUGCACCAGCUCACUUGAAUCUUGAGUUUUUCAAAUUUAUGCCCACAGUUAAGGCAUAAAAGUUAGGAGGAAGAGAGAGUUUGCAAUGGGGGAAGUGGAGGCUGAAUGGUAUCUCCAGACCAGACGUCCUUCCUGGCAGACGCUCUCCUUCCUAACUGCAGGGACUGGCAGGAGUUCCUGGGCUGGGCUGCUAUGGGGUGAGAACUUCUUUCUGAGCAGCUCCCAUGAGAAAUACCGAGGGCUGAACGCCAGCCCUCGAGGCAAGCACCCAGUCCUAGCAGGUGGAAGGACAGCAAGAGUCUUCAUGGCCCUUGGGAAUGCCAGGGAAGAGUUGGCUCUGUGUCAAGGGAAAAUGUAGCCUACUGACACCGGAAAAUGCCAUGGUGAUCUUUUGGCGACAGGAGAAAUUAUCUGUUGGAAAACAGGAGUUACAGUCAGGGCUGCCCAGCAGAGGAAAGGAUGGGAUGUUACUUGCCAGAAUCUCGACCAGCUUUUAUGGUUAGAACCAAAGGAAAACUACUGCAAUUAGGUCACAAAGUAGUAAUGGGCUGGUGUAAGUUUUGUAGCAAGAAGACGGAAAUGGUAUUUUAUUUUUUUCUGUUUUCUCUGUGAAAAUUUAACAGUGAUUGAGGAAUGAGAGAGAAAUACCAUUUGUCUGGAAAAAAAGUUGCAUUCCAAAUGGGAAAAGACAGCAUUUAUUUAUACAGUGAACAUAGAUGUUGCAGGCUUUGGGUAACUUUGUGGCUUUCAAUGCCCAGUUGUGCUGUGAAGGUCUCUAGGAAAAGCUGCCUGCUCUGAUUCUGCAGGCUGCAGCCUUGAGUGCUUUGACAUUUGACAGCUCUGUGGGAUUGUUGUUUACAGAGCAGCGUCAGGCUGGUCUCCUCAGUUUGAGACAGCAUUUCAGGAAAUAUUGCUGAUAAGAAAUAUGACUGCAGCUUCCUGAAAUGCCUGCCCAGAUAAGGGGAUGCUCUACAGCUAGAACUGGUGAGACAGGAAAAGAAAAAGCAGCACUAAAUGUGAGUGCGAUGUUUUUCAAUAACAUCAUGCAAAGUGGCAGCUGGUCCCUAGGGAGAUCUUGGAAGGAGGCUUUGAAGGUGCUGGUUUUUGCAGGCUGGUCUCCCACAUCCUGCUCUUCCAUCACUCCUUGAUGGCAUGUGCUCCUCCCACCCAGGACCAUGCACCUGCUCAGCAGCUGUCUCUCCUGCCCCAAAGUGGCUACACAGGCAUCCUUUCUUCCAGUAGAGCCGUGUUCUCAAGGACCCUCACCAGGUGGUGACAACUACCUGCUACAGCCUCACGGUUCGAUGAACAGAGUCCAGCCUCACCAUACACUCCAAAGCACAGCACAAGCGCAAUCUCCCCAGCGUUCAUGAAACAAUGUACAGCUAUUCAAAGAUGGUGACAGAAAAAAAGGCUGAGAGGUCAGAACACACCCCAGCACCCUUUUCAACGCCACAGAGCUGGAUGAUUACCUGUUACCUAAGGGAGAAUUUAGUUACGGGAACGUUUGCUCGAAGUGUUGAGUUUGUAGCUGUGCAAUGAGUCCCAUAAUAAAGCAAACCUCCGUACAAUGCAAUGACAAGAGUUUAAGGACUGACGUGAUCAGGCAUCUUGGUUCACAAAGAUCUGAUCUGCCCCAGGACAAGCUGUGGCUCUGCCUCCUCCAGCCCAGACCUGAGUGGGUUCCUCCUCCGCAACGAACAGAUGACAGCUCGGGAAGCUUGCCCUGUAGGCCAAGUUGAGCCCAUCUCCCUGCACACCUCCUGUUCUAAGGCAGAAAACAGUCCUAAGUUAAACCCCACUACAUCCCGUGAGCCACCCCGCUCGGCCUGCAGCGCCAGGCCCGCGGCUACAGCCCAGCAG